CUCAACAACAGCAGCAGCGGCAGCAGCCUCACGGACAUCAUGAGUUAUACGUAUGGAGUAGGCGGCAUCUGGGCGUUUCUGGUCGUGGUGGGACUUUACAUGCUCUUUACCGGCAGCGGCGAGUCCUUCAACGUCGGAGCCUUUCUCGAAUCGAUAUCGCCAUACGCAUGGGCUAGUUUGGGAAUUUCCCUGUGCAUCGGCCUCUCUGUCGUCGGUGCCGCAUGGGGUAUCUUCAUCACCGGGUCCUCCAUCCUCGGCGCCGGCGUCAAGGCUCCUCGAAUCCGAACAAAGAACUUGAUCUCCAUCAUCUUCUGCGAGGUCGUCGCCAUCUACGGCGUCAUCAUGGCCAUUGUCUUCUCCUCCAAGGUCGAGGCCGUCCACGGCGCUGAACUCUACUCUGCCGACUCUUACUUUACCGGUUUUGCCUUGUUCUGGGCUGGCUUGACCGUCGGCGCGUGCAAUCUCGUCUGUGGUGUUGCGGUCGGCAUCAACGGCAGUGGAGCUGCGCUUGCUGAUGCGGCAGAUGGCUCAUUGUUCGUUAAGAUUCUGGUCAUUGAGAUUUUCAGCUCUGUCCUGGGACUUUUCGGUCUGAUCGUCGGCCUCUUGGUGUCAGAAAAGGCUCCUGCGUUUGGCGUCAAGCCCACUUAAGUAACUAUACAAGAGAGAGAAAUGACCAAAUAAUCCUCAACACUAUAGCACAGCCCAUCUCUCCCUGUGCAACUCUCUCUAUUUUCUCCACGAUCGAAUCACUCCACGAUCGAAUCAAAAGAGCAGGAAUUUGAUAUAUAUGCAUUGCGCCGAUAAUUUUUGGUUGGGCGUUUGGAAGACUGGGCUGUAGACGAUGUGCAUAUUUUUGUUUUGUUAUUUGAAGCUGUAUGACUAGCACCCCGUGUACACUAAAGACAGCUGCGGAUGCUUGAAUCUGGGCAUCUUCUUUUAAGAGCUAUGAAUGUUCAAAGAUCAAAAGAG